UUUAAGCUAAAAAGUAAAAACUGAUAGUGCCGAAUCCGAAAAGUUAAAAUAAAAAAACAAUAUAAGUGUUUGUAAGUUAUUAAAUUAUUUCUCCAGUGUUUAAACUAUUUUGAGCUUUAUGAAUUUCCGAUUUAUAUUGGUUUGAAUUUUGCCUAAGCGAACGAUUGUAUUUCACAGUAUGCCUAUAAGUUACAUUUUGAAUAUUCUUACGAUCAAGCAUUGAACAACGGACAAAUCAUGUUUUUGAUAGAUUAUAUGUAAUCUAUGGCCUCCGCUGUAAAAACAUACAUUCAGUACUUCUGAGAAAACAUUUAAUUCAAUUAACUGUGCUGUAUUUAAAUUGUAGGUUAACACAGACUAUGGCUGCUGAAAGAGAACGUCGUUCGAAUGCUGGUAACAAACUAGCACGUUUAUUAGAUGAAGAAGAAGCAGAUGAUGAAUUUUAUAAGACUACAUAUGGUGGUUUCAAUGAAGAUGAAGAAGACAAUGAUUUUCAUUUUGUUGAUGAAGAAGCACCAGAUGAAGUUGAUUCAGAUUUCAGUAUUGAUGAAAAUGAUGAAGUGAUAUCAGACAUUGACGAUGAAGAACUGUCUAAAAAAAAAACGAAUAGAUAUCAAGAGCCUAAAGCGCCAAAACCUAUUGAACAAAAAGAAGCUCCAAAAAGAAAACGUUCUAUUACAGAAAAGGUGGUGGCUGAGACGUCAUAUGAACGAAAGUCAAUACGGCAAUCGACAGCAGUUAAAUCUCAAGAGACAAUAGAACGUAUUAAAGAACGUGUUAGUAAAAUCAAACGAAAUAAGCCAAUGCCUCCAGAAGAAAUGCCUUCUCAGCAAGAAUUGUUGGAAGAAGCAAAGCUCACUGAAGAAGAAAAUUUAAAAUCAUUAGAAAAAUUUGAAAAAUUAGAAUUGGCUAGAAAACAGACAAGAGCUAAACCCCGUGUCACAUACUUGACUUCUGUAAAAUUUCUUAGCAAAGCAUACCCAUUGUUGCCUGAAGAUGAUACUGUAAAUGUAGAAAGUGAAGAACAUGGUGUGAAACGUGAACGUCAAGAGUAUUUUGAGCGUACUACCAUCACUGUGAAUGAACCUCAUGAGUUCGAAAGAAUGUUCCCUAAGAAAGUAGCCAAACCAAUCAAACCACAUAGACAGUGUGUAUUUACUGAAGAUUAUGCCAGAUACAGGGAUCCUUUAACUGGCCACCCUUAUAAAAAUCAAAAGAUAUUUUCAAUACUAAGAUCUGUAUACUCAAUGCAUUUAGACGAAGCCUUUUCUAAGAAAUAGAAUAACAUUUUUAACUUUUAGAAUUGCUCUUAAAAUUGUAUUAACUAAUUAAGUAUUAAUUAAUUAUUAUUAUAAUUCAUUAUUUUUAUACCUUUAAAAGAUAACA